AUUGAGGCGGCAGCUUACGGGCAUCAAAAGUUCUCACGUUGAGCAGCAUUUCUGAAAGCGAUCUUCGAUGUCUUUAGAUCAAAAUCUCUUUACUCUCAUCGUAACUCCAAGCAUAAUCGACCCCAAUGUCAUAGACUUGGUAGAUUCAACUGGUCAAGUGCAUUACCGCAAGCAGCGUGUUCCCGCGUCAAUAUACAAAGUAGAAGUGUAUGAUUUUGCUUCUGAAUCUUUGCUCGUAACUGCCAGCGCACCAAGCACAACCAGUAAAGUCAAAACCUUGGAGCUUUGUAAUCCAACCAUCGCCGUAGAACUCAAAUACACAGGGACACUAUCCUUCAAAUGGUCUUUUCAAUGGGAAAACCACGAAUUCGAAUGGAAGCGAGAAGAAUGCUACAUGAUUCGAAAGCCAGAUCCGCCAGUUCUAGUUGCUAUUACAAAGGAGCCUGCAGGUCGGUUGAAGAGCAGUUCAGUUCAAGUGCUUGAUUAUAAUUUGAACCGAUUCGAUAUCAACGACCGUAAAGGCCUGGAAAUUGUCAUUUUGACCGCUUUGUUAACAUUCCACGACUCAAACGAUACUUAUCACUCCCCGAAGGUUAAUUCUUCACCUUCACCUACAACUACGCCUUCUUCAAGUGCUCCCAUUCUUUUGGAGCCUCCAACGCCACCUCCUAGACCUGAACCCAAGGCCGGUGUCGAUCGUAUUGCAGAAUUGCACGCCAUCCGAGGAGAAUUCAACGAAGUCACGGUAGAAGCUGAGGGUAGCGUAAAUGAUUAUGCGCAGUAUUGCUGGAACCUUCUUCAGGACGAUGCAGUACUGUUUGUCAUGAUAAAAUCUCAUACUAGUCUCGAGGUACAAAAAGUUGUCCAAGUUGCCGAAGAAACCAAACGGAUACGGCACAAAGCUGGUUUAGAAGACGAUCUACAUCAAUAUGUGAUUUACGAUGCUGAAGCCAAGAAAGGCCCAAAGAGGAUUAACUUGGAUGAUGCUGAUAAAGGGAAAAAGCCUGCGGCUUAUGUCCCACCGAGUAGUCUAUGUAUUCAUAUUAGCAAGAUUCUUAUGCCAGAGCUUCAACCCCUCAAACCUGGAGGUACAUCGAAUGACAAAGAGCAUUCUCCCAAAAAGAAUGAUGCCUUGUCUUCUCCCUUUUCCGCAAGACCAAAAUCCAAACUAUUUCGUCCUUCCCGAUCUCCCCCUGCUUCUCAUGUACGAUCUCACCAAGUACACCCUUAUCAGCCUUCACCCUCUCCAUCACAGCUUAAUAAUCCCAUGAUUUACGUUGCACCUCCUCCGCCUCCCAACUACUCCAGGCCCUCCAUCACAGCAUGCUGCGGCGCCGUCUAAUCCCAUUGCGGGACUGUUGGAGCGAUUCCAUUUACAUUAAGCGUUCUCAUGGGGCUCGUCUGUCCUUAGGGAUCAUCUAUCGCCCAUCUUUGCUUUAUAUUCAAGAUUAAAUAUUGUUACGCCCCACCGCAUUUACCUGGACUGCAUUCUAAGUAUCGAAAUCAUCAUUUAAGGACGCUUCUCACCUCAAGUAUGUAUAUAAGAAUAAGAAUCAAUAUGUACCGUGAUUUUAUAGACUGCCUAACUGGGUAAAGCCAAAGUUAGCUGGGUGG